UAUAUUUUUGGCAGGCAUAAUAUCGAGGAUUCGAGGAGAAGAAAACCCGCUCUUCUCAAACUCCUCCAUUUUUCAUUCACACCGACUAGGGUUUCUAACUCAUUUUCAAAAUCUGUCAAUUUUUAAAUCAUCUCAAUUGCUCAGAUUCUGAUUCAUCCGGAAAAUAUGGCGAUGCUGGCACUUACCGAUGACGUGAUCUUGCCCCUUAGUAUUGUAUCUAGCUCGAAGAAUGAGCUCAAUCUUGAAGGACCGGUGCUCGAUAAUGCGUUGGUUAUCACCCUGGCUUCAACUCUAAGUGCACUGCCUUUGGAAACGUCAUCCAUGGAUACUGUUAUUGGUGUCUCCAAAGCACGCGACUUUCCUGCUGUUCCACUGCUUGCUGAAAUGUUUAGAAUUCUAAAGCCAGAUGGAAGAAUUCUGAUUCAUUUGACUGAACUUUCUGGUGAUCUACCUUUCGACAAUAUUCUUUCUUCUCUCCAGCGGAAGAUACUUGUAGCGGGAUUCUUGGAACCAGAAGCUGGCCAGAAGCAACCUGAUGCUUUUUCAGGAGUUCAGUCUAUACAAGUUAAAGCCAAGAAGCCGUCUUGGAAAAUUGGAUCAUCCUUUUCCAUCAAAGCCUCAAAGGGUUUACCAAAGGUUCAAAUAAAUGAUGAUAUGGAUCUGAUUGAUGAGGAUACUCUAUUAACUGAGGAAGACCUGAAGAAACCACAAUUGCCUCCUGUUGGGGAUUGUGAAGUUGGAAGCACAAGGAAAGCCUGCAAGAAUUGUUCAUGUGGAAGGGCCGAGGAAGAGCAGAAAGUAGAAAAGUUAGGGUUAACAAUGGAACAGCUGGAUAAUCCUCAGUCUGCUUGUGGCAGUUGUGGACUAGGAGAUGCUUUUAGGUGCAGCACGUGCCCAUACAAAGGUCUUCCUGCAUUUAAACUUGGCGAUAAGGUUUCUCUAUCAAGUAAUUUCCUUGAUGCGGAUAUAUAAACAGAGCAGGAUUCAGUUCAGCUGCAUUUUUGUGGGCACCAUGUUUGUUUUCAGUGUCAGAACUGACAUAGUGAUUGUGCAUUGCUGAGAUUGUAAGUAGUUUUCCGGAAUACAUUUAAAUUUUCAUAAACUAGGGUUCUACAUUUUAAUUUUCAUAAAUUUCGACUGUUAUGUAAUACGGAGUAUAUGAAUUCGUUGAACUAAAAAUAUAUAUUGGCAUGGUCUCAUGCGAUGUAAUAUCUGUUUUAUUAUAAGAAACUGUCUCUGCGUUUGCUGGCCUACCAGUCCUGAAGACACUUCCGA